AGUCCUUAAUGCGGCACAGUCUCGACAAUGGAGAAAGCUAAGAAAGAUGUCGGGCAGAAAUUUCGUCAAAUUAAGCAUAACCUAAUCAAUUUGACAAAAAAAGAGGAAGAUGUUGACCUGGAAAUCAUCAAUGCGCUUGAGCAUCGUAAUCAAAAAGUCAUCAAUGCCGUCUCUCUGUAUAGAAAGCAUGUAUCAAAUACUAUAAAAGCUGGGUUGCGAGAAGAAAAUGUUGACAAGCGAAGGAAAAAGCUCGAUGAGUUUUCGCUGUGUGUGGAUUUACGUGAAAUAUCGACGGAUCUUGAACAAUCACAUACCACAUGCCUUCACAAGGUUAUCCAGAAAAUUAGUCAGGCCUUACAAGUGGUGGUGGACAAGAAGGUUAAGCACGACAUGAUGAUUGAGAAACGAGUUCUCGAUGAUUUGGUCCAGUUUCAAGACAUGGAGAAAGCUUUAUGCAAGAGUAGAGAACGAUUGAGCAAUGCUUUCACUGAUGUCGAUAUCGCUAAAAAACAGUUGGGAAAAGCUCACAGCACUAGCAGUAAUAUGAAACAGCUGCAAGAUAAUCUCGAUGUUGCACAGCUCAAGCUCGAAAUUCAAAAGGACAAUACAAUCACGGAUGUGUACUCCUUAGCCACGAAGGAACAAGAAAUUGCAAAGGUGUUUACUGCGCUGCUGGAAGAGCAGCUCGAGUAUCACCGCGAUGCGAUGAGGACGCUGGGGAUGGUAUUACCUGAAAUUCGCCGAGACAUAGAUAAUGCCCGACCACGACCAGUAUUUGGUAUCGACCUAAGUGAACACCUGCACCAUACUCAGAGACGUGUAGCUCUGGUUCUAGAAAAAUGUUGUUCAAUGCUCAGAGCAAGUGGCUUUACUGAGCCAGGCCUUUUCCGAGUGAAUGGAAACAAUACAAAAAUCCGCAGGAUGAAGGCGGCUUUUGACGCUGGACAGAUCGACGUGGACGAACAUGCUUAUUGCAUGGAUCCCCAUUCUGUCUGUAGUGUGCUGAAGAGCUAUCUCAGAGAACUACCUGAUCCUCUUCUUACUCAUCGACUACAUAACAAUUGGAUGAACGCGGCAAAGCUAGAGGACGAGGCCAGACUGCAAGCUUUUGAGCGAUGCAUCGGGGAACUUCCAGCGUGUCAUCGCCACAAUCUCACUUACCUCAUCAAUUUCCUCUCGGAAAUGUUGCAACAUCAAGAACAGACACGCAUGAAUUGCGGUAACCUCGCCAUUGUUUUCGGUUCCCUUUUGGGAGGUGACCUAGGUGGCAAUAAUACCAUAGGUAUCAAGAUUGCCGAAACCUUGUUGAAAAAUGCUUCGAGGUUAUUUGGACGUUCUGUUGUGAGCAAUAGUGGAAAUAACAGUGGUGAGCAUUCUCCAGGACGACUUACUGUGGAUACGAAUUCUUCACUGAGACCGGGCCAGUCUAAAGAUAGACUGGAGUUUGGCAGCAUAUCUUCAUGCGGUACGUCACCACCUCGGGGACGGCCCAAGCAACGUGCUCGACCACCUCCUUAUGUCACUCCACAGACUGGUUCACUGAUUGACCACAGCCACAAUUGUAACAAUGCGGAGCAGUCGGCAAACACCUCAACUUCGUCUAGAAUCGAAAGUAGCCUUACGCAAACUCAGACCCUGACCUCUGCCGACCUCAAUGAGUCUUCUGGUAUGUCAGCAACAGCGGAAUCAGAUGAUUCAUUUGACGAGUGGGGAGAUGAGUCCUUUACUGGGAGCAUGUCGCGCAGCCAGGGAGAUGUAGCCGUGGCAUCGCUCACCACUCCACAGCGACCUGUAUUGUCAGACUUCAUCACGAAAUGGGAUAUUAUUCAUUUCAAAACAAGUUGUGGCCGUUGAAGCUCCUUCAUUGCCAGCGCGAAACAACAAGCCGCUCCGGUAAAGCCUCGAAGUGGUGACAAUGAGACGUCACGUCUUUGUUUAUUCACUUACAAGCCAAGGGUGAAUGCUAUAGUUCCUUUUUCCGAGAUCUUUCUCCUAGGAAUACGCAAUAUCCUUUUCCAAUACGGUCUUUUUGACGUUCGUAGUGUCUGGGUAAUUCCUACAAAGUUUCAAAUUGUCAUUUUAUGAACCGCUGUC